UUGGCUUGGAUCGAUUAUCCUCUGCUAAGCUGCUGAGGGCAGCCGAGUGAAGUAGACACCUUUUACCUCGGUGUCUGUAUGUGUGUGUGUGUGCGUGUGUGUGCAUGGUGCCCGUCGAUGGCGGCGUUGUGCUUCAGUAAAAUGCUUCUCAAUUCGAGGAAUGGUUGGAAGGAAAUUCUGCAAGAAUCGGCAUAACCGCGUCAGCAUCACUGAGACGCCACACGAAACAUUACAACCUUUGGAUAUCAAUCAUCAUCAUCAUCAUCAUCGUCAUUCAUAAAGCAAAAAAAGAUGAAUGGUGAUUUAGCCAGCCGACGAUGAUGGUGUACACUGUGUGCGCUCAGCAUCGUGAAAUGUACGGAACGGAAAAUCAAAGUAUUCCUAUAAAAAGAAAGCUUGUACGGUGCCGCAGAAGGAAAACGGUAAUAAACGAAAGGACAGACACCUGCUUACCCAGAACAGGGAACCCAAAAAAUGUGAUAAAAUUGACCCGUUGGAAAAAGUGGUGGCCCCUUUGAUCGUGUGUACAGAUAUUAGAUACUGCAUUCCUUCUGCCCGGUAUGUGUGUGUAAAGUACUCUGUGCCUACUUCGUAUUGGGGCACGCGCGCUCCAGAGAUAUGUUUCCGUACCAGAUCACCGAAGAAGGCUGCGACAUUUUCCAGUGUUCCUCGGCUCAGUUACGGGUUUGUUCGAUUCCUACAGUGGCUAGUGGCAGGAAAUAUUCGCCAGUGUAUUCCUUUAACUUGAGCGUGAAAAGAAAGUGAUCGAUUUUAUUUUUCACAUUGAAUGCCAAUAUCGAAUGAAAAGUGUCUUGGCAGCUGAAACAUUGAUCGCUGAAUCGUUCGAUAUGGCAAACGGUAGAAUGUGUAUUUUCCAGCGUCAUCAAUGGCAUAGGAAAAUGUGAAAAGCGAAGAGGGAGAUAGCGAAAGAGCAAUCAAGAAUAAUCAAGACAGGAAGCUGUUAAUGACGGUGGGAUGAUUGAGGUACUGGCAGGAAAAGCGCACUAACCGGCUUAAUGUUUCGUGUCGCUGUUGCCGUUUCCCGUCGUGGGAAAUGUUACCACCACUGCUACCAAUGGAACUAGCGACAGUACGUUCCACGUUAAUGUGUCUUUUCUCAUCGAAGUCUCGAAUUAUAUGAGUGAUCGUAUACUGCCACUGCAUCAUAUAUUGCGUACAGGACCGAAACCGAAAGAAUCGGAUUUGGAAAAACAGUCGAAUGAAAUGAGAUGUGUCGUGUACGUUUCGAACCUACCAGUCAGCAUCCAUCCCAAAUUGUCCAGUGUACUAUGGCCAGCCAGAGCAGUGAAACCGCAGUGACGCUGUGAGGGCAACUCAAUCUCAUUCGCAAACCGCUGAGAAAAGCAGUGAAUGCUGCAUGUUAGCUACUGUACAGAACCUAUUUCGUAGAUACCUCAGGACUGCCGUACCAAAGCCUACAGCGCAUAAAAGAGACGGAGUUUUAAGUUUUUGUUUAAAAGCAUCCAAAAAGUGAUUUUUUCGCCUUACCAAUUAUAUUUACCUGUCAGUUGGUUGGUGUUCUAAGGUUUUUGAUGAUUACCAGUUUAAUAUCGGUUAAGGGAUUUGAAAAAUUAUGUCUGAAAUAGGGGGUGUAGUGUUAAAUUCGUAUUCGUAUAUUUUGUAUAAUUAUUUAUUUUUUGUUGGUGCUGUUAUACGCUGUUCAGUUUGCAACGAGGAGCCGAUAGAAAAGUCAGCCGGCGUGUGUUGAUUUUUCCUUUAGCUCAUAUCUGCGUGUUCAUUGAAUGGCUAGUGCACGUCGUAUGUUUUUUUUUCAAAUUUAAAUGUGUAUGCGUGUGUGUGUCCGCGCGCGCGUGUGCGUAUGUAUAUCAAUAUCUAAGUUUGCUGUGUGUUGUUGCAGGAAGAAAAUGCAUCCGCGCGAGUUCUGCAAUUAUUAUGAUAAAAGUGUCUGUGAAUGUGUCAAUCACGUUGUGCAAAAAUGUUGUGCUUGCUCACUCGCUCAUUGUGUUUAGUGUGUGUCUGUGUGCGCGCGUGCUGCGCAAAGUAGCUUAAGAAAAGUGGUAUAAAAGCAGCGUGUUGAUUUGCGCAAGUGAGAAGAAAAUGAGUGAAAAAAGCAGAAAGGAAGCAAGAGAGUGAAGGUUAAGUAUUACUGGAAAAUUAUCAACAACAUCGGUCAGAUUUUGUUUACCCCGCACAUGCGUGUUAGUGUGUGUGUGUCUGUGCGUGUGUAUAUGUAUAUGCAUUUAGCUAUUGCGUAAGUGUAUGUGUGUGAGUGUGUAACCGUGUACGUGUACGAUUGUCAUGAAUAUUGUGUCGCGCGUAGCCGCAUUGCAGCAAGUGAAAGAAACGUUCUUGUAAACCGAAAGCUGCGCGCGUGUAGAGAAAGGAAAGUCGAGCGCGCGCGCCCGUUUGUGUGCGUAUGUGUGUGUGUAUUCCGUAUUUUGCUCGGGACGGAAGUCCUUCAACAUCUCAACCCAACAGCAAUGUUGGAAUCGAACCAGCGCCGUUCGAGUAGAACAGUAGCGGCCGUAAAGCAGUACCACAGCAGAAGUUAAGUGGUCUGUCGCCUCACGGAGAGAAAUCACGUCACCCCGUGACCGAAGACGACGACGGCGCCGCCGCUGCUAACCAACUGCCAAUUGCAAUAACAGAGGUCAGCCGCCGCACCGACGUCACACGAUGGGUGAUCCGAAAAGUCAAAAGUCCGCCCCAGGAGGAGGUGUGGCGGGUACGGCGGGUGGGGCGACCGGUGGAGGCCCCGGAGGAGGAGCAUCAUCGACGGCAGUCGCCUCUGCCACGACAACGACGACAACUUCAGCUGCGACCACACCGGUAACGACGCCGCAGCAACAGCAACAUCAUCAGCCGCCUUCGCAUCAUCCGCAUGCGCAGCUGCAGCAUCAUCAUCAGCCUCCGCCACCACCACCGCACCAUUCGCAUGCACCGCACCCGCUGCAUAUGGCGCCGCAUCCGCAUCAACACCAUCACCCGCAUCACCAUCCGCCGGGACCACCGGGUGCGGGUGGUGACCAUCAGCAGCAACCACCACCGCCGCCGCCAGGUCAUGGGCCACCGCCACACCAUUCGUUGCCCUACGAACACCACCAUCCGGUGCCGGGAUCCGGACCGGGUGAUGCACCGAACGGCGGUAGUUCCGGUGCAGGCGGUAGCGGAAAGGAUGAAGCGUUGCCACCGCCGCACCAUAGCCAUGGGCCUCCGCCACCGCCACCGCACGGUGGAGCAGGCGGUCCACCACCGCCACCCCCGAUGGGUCACCACCAUCAUCAGAUGCAGCAUCACGGGCAGGUGUACGGUCAGCCGCCACCGCCGGCAAUGCAGCACCAACAGCAACAGUAUGCGCCCCGCUACCACCAUCACCAUCCCCAUCAUCCGCACGACCCGAACGUGCAGCCGCCGGGUGCUGGUGGGGCACCCGAUCCUUACGCACACUAUCACGCGCAUCGGAUGGGUGCGGCAGCAGCCGCCGCAGCAGCGGCCGCAGCGGCUGCUGCCUCGACCGGUGGUGCCGGUGGUGGUAGCGGUGCCGGUGGUGCGGGCACACCGCCCCCGCAGCAUACCGGCGGUAAACCGGCUGCCGCGGCCGCCGCUGCAACAGCAGCUGCCGCCGCCGCAGCAGCAGCAGCCACCGGCAGUCCGAUGCAUGGGCGGCACAGUCGCUACAUGUCUCAGCAGCCGACGGCCGCUGGUGCCGGUGGUGCCGGUGCUGGCGGUCAGCCACCACCCGGCGGAGGUGCGAACGCGCCACCGCCCGGUGGACCAGCCGCCGGUGGCCCGACGCCGACGCUUAACUUGUUGCUUCAAUCGCAUCCACCGCCGCCACCGCAUCCGGGUGCACCGCACCAACGCUAUCCGCCGACCGGUUACGAUCCGUCGGCACCGCAAAGUCAACAGGCGCCCGGACCCGGUCAACCGCCCGGUCCUGGAGGUGGACCACCCGGUCAAGGACAGCCCGGUAUGCAUCCGUACCAUGGUGGACAUCAGCAGCAGGGUUGGGCACCGCCGCCCCGACCCUACAGUCCGCACUCGCAACCGUAUCGACCGGCACCACCGGGUAAUACCGGACGAGGACAGUCACCAUAUCCGCCGGGCCCACCGGGCCAAGCGCCCGGCAGUUAUCCUCCACCUCAACCGCCCGGUCAGGGAUCGCAACAGCAGCAACCGCCCGGUCCACCCCAGUCGGCCGGUAGCCAACCGGGUGCGGCACCAGGUGCUCCACCAGGGCAGGGACCACCGCCGGCGGGUACCCCCGGUGGGCCCGCUGGCGGAGCGCCCGGUCAGUCACCACAGCAUCAUCCACCCACAUCGCAGGGACCGCCCGCCAAUACUCAGUAUACUCCUUACCAGCCACAGCGCUAUCCGACGCCAGGUGGACCGAACGCACCGAACCAUCGUACGCCGUAUCCGCCGCAUCAGUACGAACCGGUCAGAUCGUGGCCAUCGCCAGCCGCUAGUCCGGGACCGGGUCCGGGACAUAUGCCUCCCUCACCACACGGCCCGCCGCAAAGUCCUGGACAGCAGCAACAGCAGCAACACAGUGGUCCCAGUCCGUCACCGCAGCCACCACAACCAGCUCCAUCACCGCAUCAGGUACGUUUGGACAAUAAUUUUAACGUCUCAACUAACAUAUUGUUUGAGAGUAAGAAUAAAGAUUCCACGGGUCAGAACAGUAAUGACAGUACGACAGGAGGUAGUGGCGGGCCUGGCAAUUCCACAGGGCCGACAGGCGUCCACGGUGCGCCCGGUACACCGAACUCCUCCUCCUCCUCGUCGUCUCAGGGCAUGAGGCCAACGCCGUCGCCAACAGGUUCUGGUAGCGGAUCACGUUCUAUGUCGCCGGCAGUAGGCCAGCAAAGUGUUUCGAUGCCUCCUCGUCCAUCCAGCAGUCACUCGCAAACUCCAAAUCAGCAACAGCAGGGCCCGAAUCAUCAGCACGGCAGCAGUAACAGUAAUCUCGUGCACGGCAAUCAGACACAGGGACCGCCGGAUCAUCACGCGCGUGUUGCCUCACCGAAUCGUCCACCGUCGGCCUCCGCACAGCAACUACCGACAGUUUCGACUGCCCCGUCAGGCAGUGCAUCGUUGCCACCGUCGUCUCAGGCAGGCGGCGGAGGGUCGGCCGGUGCAGCGGCAGGUAUGGCCGCUCAAGGCUAUCAGGCGCAAGCGCCACAUCCGCCCCACAUGCACGGUCCGUACAAGAUGGGUCCCGGAGGGCCUGGCGGUAUGCCUCCGGGUGGUCCCGGACAGCAGAUGUCUCCGUAUCCGCCACCGCCCCCUCACCAGCAACCACCGCCGCAGUCGCAGCAGUAUUCACCACACUCGCCCGCGAGUUACUCGCCGCGUCCGCAGUACCCGGGAGCGUAUGGGCCAUCGCCACCCGUGCCGGGACCGCCACCACCUCCCGGGACACAGUCGCCCCAGCAAGGUCCACCCGGGAGUGGUGGACCUCCGCCACAACAUCCACCACCCGGUGGCUAUCCCGGGCAACACCGUAUGCCUAAUCAUGUGGGUGCCGGUGGUCCACCUCCACCGCAUUCGCAGUACCCUCCGCAUCAGUAUCCACAUCAGCCACCAAGUCCCUGGGGACCACCGCACACACAAGCCGGACCGGGUGGAGCCGGUCCGGGCCAUGUAAAUAAUCAUGUACAGCAAUCGCAACAGGGACAGAGCGGUCCGCCGACGCCCGGUGGAGCAGGAGGCCCCCGGCAGGGUAAGGGAAUGCCGCCGGGGCCACCGGGAGCUGGAGGUGUACACCCGCAAUCGCCCCAGCAGCAGCAACACUCGCAACACCACCAGCCGCCACCACAUCAUCAACCGCACCAUCAGGCGCAUCAUCAGCCGCCCCACCAUCCGGGGCAACCCCAGUCCCAGCAACCUCCGCCCCAGAGUGGUUCACCGCAACCGCUCAACUACCUGAAGCAGCACCUUCAGCACAAGGGCGCGUACAGUGGCGCACCCAGUCCGACGCCACCACCUGGCCAGGGCUACGGCAACGGUCCCGGUAUGCAUCCACCGAUGGGUCCACCUCACCACAUGGGUCCACCGAUGGGGCUGCCGCCACCGCCAAAUGCAAGCAGUAUGGGUCCACCACCACCGGCCGGUACCCCACCUAGCCAGUCACCUUCCGGUGCGGGUAGUGGCGCCGUAGGUCACCAGCAUCCGUCGCAGCAAGACAGUGGCCAUCCGCCUUCGCCGCAUCAGCAGCAACCGCCGACGCAACCACAGCACCCCGGUCAACAGCCGCAACAACCGCAACAGCAACCUCCUCCCCACUCGCCCCAUCAUCAUCCGCACGGGCCACCACCCCAUGCGCAGCACCAACCGGGUCACCAUCCUGGUGCCGAUGUGCCACCGCAACCACAUCACGGGCUGCUGGCGGGAGCGGGACAGGAUAAUGGCAUUGUAAAUGCGACCGGCGGGCCAGGUGGAGGAGCGGGUGGAGGUCCCCAUCAUCACCAUCAUCCCCAUCAUCAUCACCCAGUUACCUCACUCGUUACGACGGGACCUGAUGGCGCACCACUCGACGAAGCCAGUCAGCAGAGUACCUUAUCCAAUACCUCAGUAGCUUCCGGAGAAGAUCCUACGUGCUCGACGCCGAAAUCGCGGAAAAACGAUCACUACAACCAAAGCCAUCUGACGGGCACCAACACACCGUCGUCAUCGAACGCGUCGCCCGGGCCGCACAACGCACAUGAAGACUUCGAGCUCAACUCGUCCCCAACGUCCUGGCCCCGGACGCCAGCUAGUCCAGUAUUUAACAGUCACGUUCCUCCCACGCCGGAGACACCUUUUAGAUCAACUAAGCAGAAAUCGGACAGUCUGAACAAAUUGUACGAGAUGGACGACAAGCCGGAACGACGCGUGUUUCUGGAUAAGCUGUUGGCGUACAUGGACGAGCGAAGAUCGCCGAUCACGGCCUGUCCGACGAUCUCGAAGACACCGUUGGAUCUGUACAAGCUGUACGUGUACGUGCAGGAGCGUGGCGGGUUUGUUGAGGUGUGUAAGGUUACCAAGAGCAAAACGUGGAAGGAUAUUGCCGGUAUGCUAGGUAUUGGAGCGAGCAGCAGUGCGGCCUAUACGCUGCGGAAACACUACACAAAAAAUCUGCUACCGUUCGAGUGUAAAUUUGAUCGGGGUGGCAUCGAUCCCGGUCCGAUCAUUGCACAGGUGGAGGCGGGUUCGAAGAAAAAGUCCGCCAAAACGACAUCCGUUCCUUCGCCAGGUUCAUCCAACUCCCAAGAUUCAUUUCCCGCGCCUGGCAGCAGCAGUGCCUCGAUGGAUGGCUAUGGGCCGUAUCCGGGUAGCGGUUAUCCGCCCGGUUCUACGCCGGACUAUGUGCAACAGCAACAGCAGCAAGGAAGUGCCGGUGGUCCACCGGGUGCCGCUACGGCCGGUGCACAACCGGGUCCGGGUCAGCAACAAACGCCACAACCCCAGCAAAGGCCACCUUCGCAACAGAGUGGCACUCAGUCUCCUCAUCCAGGUUCGGCACCGCCUGCCUCUGGCGAUAACAUUAGCGUGAGCAAUCCCUUUGAUGAUCCUGUGGGUCCACAGCGUCCCCCGUAUCAACAGGGCGCUCCCUAUCCACCGGUUUCACGUCCCCAAGGUGCACCUUAUCAAGGACAGCCGGGUGGUUACGGACAGUAUGGUGCUCCGGAACAGUACGGCCCAUCGGCGGGUACACCGCCUGGACAGUAUCCACCACCGCCCGGUCAACAGGGACAGUACCCUCCAGCGAAUCGACCGCUCUAUCCUCCGUAUGCACCGCCAGAAACUGGAGAAGGAUCUCUCUACAGAGGCACACCACCAUCGUCGGCGGCCGGCGUCCCAGGCCCUCCAUCCGCGGCUGAUCCCUACCGUGGAUACGGCAGCUCACCAUACCCUCCUCCGCCCCAACAGCGACCAUAUCCGCCACAACAGCAACCCGUCGUCAGUGCGGCGCCAGGAGUUCCUCCGGCCGGUACGCCUCCAAUUCCGGGUCAGGCCGGUGGUGCCUCACAAGGGCAAGUGCCACCGGGUGGGCCACCAUCGCAGCAGCAACAGCAACCGCAGCAAACACCUCCACCACAGCAGCAACCUGGCGCACAGGGUCAACCAGGUGCACCCGGAGGCUAUCCGGCACCGGUUGGUCAACCGGGAGUGCCACAAUCGGCGGCAGAUUACUACCGACAGCAGCAGGAUCAGGCUCUUCCCUACCCACAGCCCAACCAGCCGAGGCGUCAUCCGGACUUCGAAAAGAGUCAACAGCCCUACCCUCCAUACCAGCAGCGGCCUCAAAUGUACCCAGGUGGAUGGCAGGCAGGUCCUGGUGGUCAAUACCGUGGUCAAUAUCCUCCACAAAGUCCUCAACAACAAUGGGCACACAAUGGUCCCCGGCCAAGCGGUCCUCCGGGACCACCGGGUGCCGGAGGCCCUCCGGGUGGUCCACCAGGUGCUCCGGGUCAGUGGGGAGCGGCGGCGGACGUUAAUCGCUACCCUCCCAAUCAGCAGCAACCACCUUAUCCAACGCAUCAACAGGGUCAACAACAGCCCUGGAAUCAGAUGCCACCAACGUCGCAGAAUUCACCACUUCGACCACCAUUGCGCAGUGGCAAACCGUAUCCGCCGAUGGCGGGUGCCGGUCCCGGUGUUCCGACGCCUCCUGGUUCCAUGCCAGGAAUGCCAACCGCCAGCAUUAAUACGCCUCCGCAACAGCCGGGAGUUGUGGGAGUUCCGCCCGGUUCAACCACGUCAUCUGUGCCGGUCGUUCCUGUUACGGGUGGUGUUCCACCCGUUGUUCCCUCCGCUGGCGGCGUUGUACCGGGUAGUGGCGUGCCUUCCGUUGCUGUUAAUGCCAGUGGUGUGGUACCCGGGGCAGCACCAAUACCAAAUGCGUCACCAGCGGUUAAAGUACAGCCGACAGUGCAAGGCGGAGGACAAGUCCAACCGGCCGGUCCUAACUUCCAGCCAUCUGCCACUGGUGGUGUACAGCAAAAGCGAGACAUUGUGUUCCCAACGGAUAGUGUAGAGGCAACCACACCUGUGCUCUACCGGAGGAAGCGCAUAACCAAACUAGAUAUUGGACAAACUGAUGCCUGGCGGAUAUUUAUGGCCCUACGGUCCGGACUGCUUGUCGAAAGUACCUGGGCGUUGGAUGUGCUAAAUAUUCUGCUAUUCGAUGAUUCAUCCGUCGCAUACUUUGGGCUAGCACACAUGCCGGGAUUGUUGAAUUUGCUGCUAGAUCACUUCCAGAAGAGUCUUUGCGAUAUGUUUGAGAGUGGCAAAAGGGAGGGCACAACAAACCGGUUCAGCGUAGAGGGAAGUCAUCGUGCUGCGCUGUUGGACAAAAUGCUAGACGUCGAUGAUGAUGAUGCACCGGAGAAGGAGGAAGCUGGCCGUAAAAUGCACCAACAAUCUUCCAUAGUGAAUGCCUCCUCGAUUGCGGUAACCACAACUACUGAAACGACGAUAAAACUGGAACCAGCGUCGCCUAUAAUGAUGGCGACAACAACAACAAUGACAACUACAACCACCAUGAUCAAGCAAGAGAAGCUAGAGAAUGGUCUACCCGAUGCCGCUUUACUGCAUCACAAUGGAACGCAGGAGAACGGUGGUACUAAAGGGACGGCCAAAUGUGCUAGUUCGACUAUUGAUAGGCGAAGAACCACGCAGUGCUAUGCGCGACGCAGUACGAAACCAUGUGAUUCAAACGAGGAACUGGAUUUGGGCUCGGUAAAGAACCCACCACAUCCGGACGAACGAACAUUGAUACUGACGUCGACGACAAACUAUACGAUGACGUCCCGCAAGGGUCGCCCGGUAAAGAUUCAUCCCGCGGAAGACGACGUAUUUGUGCUCGAUCAUCGGCGGGAUUGGGAUCGGGCGUCUGACUAUCAGUAUCAGCGAGACACCGAGGUCGGUGGCGAUCCGUGGACGGCUGGUCAUACCGAUCCAGACCCGCACGAUUACAUCAUGGACACGUUUCGGGCCGAGUUUGUGAACAUUCCAUUUGCAAAGUACAUUAAAACCAGCGCCAAGUAUGCUGAAGCUGCUAAAACGACGUCCCCCCGGAAUGGCAAGCGGAUAGCAACCAACAUUAACAACAACUGCUAUAAUAGCGCCAUGACUAACAACAACAACAACAACAGUGCAAAGUGUACAAGCAAAAACGAGCGGGAGCUCCAACAUCAGAAGGAACAAGAAGAAGUACAAGAAGCACCGGUGGAGAAGAAUCCGACAACGGCGUUGAAAAACACGUCCGAAGAGGACACGGAGAUGGAUGUAGAAGAGGAGGAAGAGCUGCUAUCGCCACCGAAGCGAAGGAAAGAAGAAUUGGCCGCAGCGGCACCGACGUUACGCACCCGGAAAGAUCACCACAUCGCGCGCCUAAUGAACGGCGAAAGCGGCGAGGAGGAGGAAGCGAAGGAAAAGAUGCUAGAAAGUGGUGUGGACAAGGUAGUAAAGAAUUGUAUAGUGAAGAAAGAUAAAUCUAUGGUAGAUGAUAAGGAUGCGACAGCAGCAGAGACAGUCGAUAGCAAGGCUGCCGCAAAGGGUACGACUCCGACGCCUAUGGAUGCGGACUGUCGGGAAAUCGAUAUGGAGCUGGAGAAGACGUCCAGUUUAUCGAAUGGGCCGCAAGAACCGGCCCACAACGCUGACAGUGAGCGGGAACAAAGUAGCGAAAAAAGCGUAUCGUCACCGUCGGGUGAUCGCGAACAGCAACAUCAGCAAAAUAGCGUGAAAUUGGAGGAAUGUCAGAAGUCACCAGCGACCGUAAAACCGGUGGACGAAAAGAUGGACAUUGAUGAAACGGAAGAAGAUGAGGAAUCGUCGUCGGCAAUAGUUUCGGCGGUCGGAAAGACGAUAGCUUUCGACAUAGCGGAAACGGUCCGCGAUCCGGCCCGUGUGCUCAAGCGUCGCCGCAUGAGUGACUACGAGGACGAAUGUUAUACGCGCGACGAGGCGAGCCUAUACCUGGUUACGGAGGGACAGGAUGCAUUGGCUCGGCGUUGUGUGGCUAUCUCGAACAUCUUGCGCAAUCUCACCUUCCUGCCAAACAACGAGACGGAGUUUUCCAAAUCGUCCCGCUUUCUGGCGAUACUUGGCAAGUUGCUGCUGCUUAACCACGAGCACCCGUUGCGUACGAAAAAGACGCGCAAUUACGACCGCGAGGAAGAUGCCGACUUCUCCGAUUCGUGCAGCAGCUUGCAGGGUGAGCACGAAUGGUGGUGGGACUUUUUGGUGCAGAUCCGCGAGAAUAUGCUGGUGGCGACAGCAAACAUUUCCGGCCAGCUCGAUCUGUCCCGUUUCGAUGAGCCGAUCUCACGCCCAAUCCUGGACGGACUGCUGCACUGGGCGGUCUGCCCGUCGGCGCACGGUCAGGAUCCGUUCCCAACGCUCGGUCCAAAUGCGGCCUUAUCGCCACAGCGGUUAGCUCUCGAGGCACUGUGCAAACUGUGCGUGACGGACGCAAAUGUGGAUUUGGUAAUAGCGACGCCGCCAUUUUCGCGGUUGGAAAAGCUGUGCUCGGUGCUAACGCGUCACCUGUGCAAGAACGAGGAUCAGGUGUUGCGCGAGUUUUCGGUCAAUCUGCUGCAUUAUCUCGCUGCUGCCGACAGUUCGAUGGCACGCACGGUUGCAUUGCAAUCACCGUGCGUAUCAUAUCUGGUGGCGUUUAUCGAACAGGCCGAACAGUCAGCAUUGGGUGUGGCCAACCAGCACGGCAUUAACUUCCUGCGGGAUAAUCCUGACUCUAUGGGUACUAGUCUUGAUAUGUUGCGGAGGGCGGCCGGUACAUUGCUCCACUUAGCAAAACACCCGGACAAUCGGCCCCUAUUCAUGCAGCAGGAGCAACGAUUGCUGGGUCUGGUGAUGAGUCACAUACUGGACCAGCAGGUGGCGCUCAUUAUCUCCCGUGUGCUGUAUCAGUGUUCCCGGGGGACUGGACCGCUUACGACGAUGGAGAUCGAAUCGGGAGGUAAAGCGAACACUUUGACCAACUCCUCCAUCUCCUCCUCCUCCGUAACGGCUGCCUCCAACUCUUCGUCUGUGAUGGAAGCAAAGGCGGGAGCUGAUUCGAAGGCAGCAUCAACAGCGAUGUCUUCGAAUGGCGGCAGCAGCAGCAGCACCAUGCCAAGUACGGUAGAUGGUACAUCAUCGAAUGUUGCAUCAAAUGGUAGUGGUGCGAGCGUAACGAACAAUGGAACUGCGUCUAAUCCCCAACCUGCCGCGACGAACGGACAAAUGACGGCGGAAGAAUUUGUCACGCCAUCCACACCUUCGACAGCGGCUAACGUUACUGAGGGUGUAGAUAGCAGCGCAAACAGCAGCAGCAGCCGAUCAACCAAUUUGGAUGCAGCCUCCAUUACUGCUUCGACAACGGUAGUACCGGGGUACGAUGAAUCCAGUUCUUCAUCGUCCUCGAAUGCUACGGCAGAUCAUGGUACUUCGGUAACUAACGCGCCUGCCUCCCCUGAAGCAGCGACGUCCGUUGCAUCGGUAAACCCAGAUGGGACGCCCAACAGCAACGCCAGUGGUGGUACGGCAACAACAAAUAGUGGCACUAGCAGCAGUACCAAUUGUAGUACCAACAACAAUAGUAGUAACAAUAACAGCAGCAGUAGUAGCAACAGCAGCAGCAGUAGUGGUAACGCCGUUCCCACGAGUCCAUCAGCUGCAGCAUCAACAAAUCCCUCCUCUCCGGCAGCGAAUGUGGCCACGGCACCUCCACAGCCAUCUUCACAGCAUCCGAUAACGGCUUCAUCGUAGUGAAUUCUCUACUGAGCCACGAUAUUACGCCACCAGCGGCAGCUUUAACAUCUUACACGUUGACAUUAGUGUCUCGAAUGGGGGAAUGGUUAACAUCAAACGGUGCCAAGAAUCGGAGGUUUAAUGAGCUGGUGUGAUUGGUUUGGUGGCGAACGAUACUACUGAAUGGCAACAUGUGUAUAUCGAAGAUUAUAUAUAUAUACAAAGUUAUUUAUAGUUACACACAUAUUAUAUAUAUAUAUUUAUAGGAAUAUAUAUUUAGCAAAAUGAAAAAGCGAAGAUCGAUGAUAAAAUCAAGCAAAACUGGAAGAAGGGUUUAAUUUGCGGGUAGCAUAGAAAAACUGCACACCAGAAACAGGAUUAAAACAAAAAAGGAAAAGAAACGGUAAAACCACAGAAAGAUUGAAGAAACGAGAAUGAGAAGUCGUGGUGGUGUUAAUAAGGAAGAAGAGCCCAUAACAAUAUGUGGCAUUAGGAGAGGAAACAAAAGGACUACGAUGAAGGACAAAA